AUGCUAAUAUGUAAGAGCUUCUUUCAUAAAAAUAAAUAAAUAAAAAAGAAGGAAGGAAGGUGUAUUCUAAAUAAAAUAAAUGAAAAAAGUGUUUAUAUGGAAUAGAAUUAAUCUAAAAAUUACAAAGAAAUAUUAUUGAAUUAUAAAUUAAUAGCGCUAAUCUACUGUUGGAGUUAUGAAUAAAUAAUAUUAAUAUAAGGACAUAUGAAAAAAUGUGGACAUUAAAGAGCUAAAAAUUUAGAUAUUUUUAAUUUUAUAUUAUUAUAUUUUGUACACUAAAUAUAAGACAAAGUUUUAUUACAAAAAUAUUAAAGAUUUUUUAGGAUUAAGAAAUUUUAAAUAUUCACAAUUUAUUUAUUUAUAUAUGUAUUUAUUUAUUUAUGUGUGAAUGAAUGUUAUAUAUGUCAUAUAGUAUCAUUGUUCAGAUUAAUAAGUAUUUAUUAUUUUAUUUUCCAAUCAAUCGCUUCUUUGUUUUUUAUUUAUUUAUUUGAUUGCUUGUUUUUUUGUUUGUUAUUUUAUCUUCAUUCAAAAUCAAUCAAUCAAUCAAAUAUUAUUAUUAAUAAUAUCAAGGAUAGUCUUUUUCUCCUUUUGAUUAAUAAUAUCAAAUGA